CUGCCGGCAGUCCCCUUUGCAGUGAUUGCCUGGUUGCAGAUGUGACCCUGCGUGGGCUUCUCCGUGGUGCGACUAACCCUUCGCUGAAGGAACAGCCUUCCAUGCAGCCUCUUAGCACAAGGAAAGGAACAAGACCGCAAUAUAAAGUCUAACCUUUACAGCUGAGCUGAUUGCACCCUGUUUCACAACAGAGCUGUGAGGCACCAGCCAUGCUCCCGUCCCAGCCUCUCCUGCACGCUGCAGUGCUUGCACUCGCAGCCCUUCAGGCCCUUGCCUCCGACACCUUCAUUGCAGCCGUCUAUGAGCACGCGGUCAUCCUGCCAGAUGUCACUGAUGAGCCUGUUUCUCCCGACGAAGCUUUGGCCCUGAUGAACAGAAACAUGGAUGUCUUGGAAGGAGCCAUCAAGGAAGCCACCCAGCAGGGCGCCCACAUCAUUGUGACUCCUGAAGAUGGCAUUUACGGCUGGCUUUUCACGAGAGAAACCAUCUACCCCUACCUGGAGGAUAUCCCUGAUCCAGCGGUGAACUGGAUUCCUUGCACCGACCCCACAAGAUUUGGUCCAGCACCAGUGCAGGAACGCCUCAGCUGCAUGGCCAGGAAUAACUCCAUCUAUGUGGUUGCAAACAUUGGGGACAAGAAGCCGUGUAACUCCAGUGAUCCUGGCUGCCCAAGUGAUGGUCGCUAUCAGUACAAUACUGAUGUCGUCUUUGACCCAGAGGGGAAACUAGUGGCUCGUUACCACAAGUAUAACCUCUUUAUGUCAGAAACUCAGUUUAAUUACCCCAAAGAGCCAGAAGCCAUCACCUUUGAGACCCCCUUUGGGAAGUUUGGCAUUUUCACUUGCUUCGACAUCCUUUUCCGUGAGCCUGCCGUGGUCCUGGUGAGUGAGUUGCAGGUGGACACCGUGCUCUUCCCGACAGCUUGGAUGAACGUCCUGCCGUUUCUGACUGCAGUUGAGUUUCACUCUGCCUGGGCUAUGGGCAUGGGUGUCAAUUUACUUUCAGCAAAUACUCACAACAUCAGCUUGGCAAUGACAGGGAGUGGUAUUUAUGCACCAGACGGAGCCAGAACAUACUACUACAAUAUGAAAAGUGGGGAUGGUCACCUCCUUAUUGCUGAGCUAGAUUCGCACCCUCGCCUUUCUCCUGCCUCCUCACCUGCUGUCAGCUGGAGCUCAUAUGCUUUGAGCGUCAAAAGAUUCUCACUGAACGACCGUGAUUUCAGUGGACUCAUCUUCCAUGACCGGUUCACUUUCACUGAGCUCACUAAGCCUGAGGGGAAUCUCACCGUUUGCCAGAAAGACCUCUGCUGUCACUUGAGCUACAAGAUGGCGGGGAAACGAGAAGAUGAAGUUUAUGUGCUGGGUGCUUUUAAUGGGCUUCAUGUUGUUGAAGGACAAUACUAUUUGCAGAUAUGCACGCUGCUCAAGUGCAAGAGCACGGACCGGAACACAUGCGGGCAGCCCGUGGAGACGGCUCAGACCAAGUUUGAGAUGUUCUCCCUCAGCGGCACGUUUGGCACCAAUUACGUCUUUCCAGAAGUCUUGUACAGCGGGGUGCAGCUGGCCCCUGGGGAGUUUGAGGUAUUGAAUGAUGGGUGCUUGAUAAGUAAGACAAGACCAACAAGACCAGUUGUCACUGUGACACUUUUUGGACGGUGGUAUGAAAAAGAUCAUCUGAAACAAGACCCACAACCAUCAGCUUCCCCAUGAUAUUACCGUAACUGAUGCUGUACACUAUUAAUGUUGUAUCCAAAUGAGAUACAGCAUCCUCUACUACAACAAUCCCAUCUAUGUUUCUUAUUUAUAGUUUCACAAGCUUCUUAUCAAUGUACUUAGUUUAGUAAUAACACAGCAAUAUUAUUUUAUUGCUACCAUUUAUUGAGAAGUAUCUAUCUUUAUAUGAUAAAAUUAGUAAUCUUUUAUUAGUGCAAAAAAACAGUUGUAGUUCUCUCUCUGUUUUCUGGAUUUUUAUUUUUAUAGCCCUCAAAAAUGCUGUAUUGUGGGCCAGAGGAUACAUUCUUAUUAAAAUAGCAUAUUUUAUAAUUGCAGAUUAUUAUGAGACCAGUAAAUAAACAGUGAAAGGUAUGAUUUGUGGCAGCUCUGUGCAAAAAAGCUCAGUAAUGCUUUGCCUCUGAUACAACUACUUAUGCUGACCUAUGCAAGUCUGCUCUUUUACCCCACUUAUACAAUUUUUUUCUAUUUGUGUUGCUUUGGUUUUAUUGCCAUUAUGCCAUUUCUCCAUGUCAUGUGGCACAUGUGUUUUUCUGAUUGACUGGAUACCAAGCAAAAAUGAAUUCCAAAUUAAAUAUAAGAAUAAAUGCAGUUUAUUAUAAUACAAUAUAAUAAAGGAAAAUAGCAUGCCAUAUGAUAAAAGGAAA